CAAGAUUUCGGGGGUUUGGACUUCUAUUGAUCUGGACGGAGACUCCUUCGGACGGCCAGCAACCAUGAGUAAAGGGAAAGACUAUGAUAUGUUUGUGGAGAUGGACAAGAUGGGUGACAAGAUGGACGUCCAAAUCAAGAAAAAUAAAAAAACGAAGAAGAAGGAGAGACUGGAGGGCAUGAAGAAAGAGAUGGAUACAGAUGACCAUCAGAUACCUCUUGAAGAGUUGGAGAUAAGGUACACCACAAGUAUUACCAAGGGCCUGACCACCACCAUUGUAACACAGGUCCAGGAGAGGGACGGCCCUAAUGCAUUGAAGCCCCCCAAAGGUACACCAGAGUAUGUGAAAUUUGCUCGACAGCUGGCCGGGGGGCUGCAGUGUCUGAUGUGGGUGGCAGCGGCCAUCUGCUUCAUCGCUUUCGGCAUUGAGCUCAGUCGAGGAAACCUCACCAGCUUUGACGACCUGUACCUAGCUAUUACUCUAAUAGCUGUUGUGGUGGUGACAGGAUGCUUUGGUUACUACCAGGAGUUCAAGAGUACUAACAUUAUUGCCAGCUUCAAGAACCUGGUGCCACAGCAAGCCCUAGUGAUCCGUGAUGGGCAAAAGAACGAGAUCAAUGCCGUUGAUCUAGUGGUGGGAGACUUGGUGGAGAUUAAGGGUGGUGACCGUGUGCCAGCUGACAUACGCAUUAUCACCUCACAUGGCUGUAAGGUGGACAACUCAUCCCUGACAGGAGAGUCAGAGCCCCAGUCAAAAACACCAGAGUGUACCCACGAGAACCCCUUGGAGACCAAGAACAUUGCAUUCUUCUCCACCACCUGCCUGGAAGGCGUGGCCACUGGCAUCAUCAUCAAUACCGGAGACCGCACCAUUAUUGGGCGCAUUGCCACCUUGGCAUCAGGUGUCGGCAAUGAGAAGACUCCCAUUGCCAUAGAGAUUGAGCACUUUGUUGACAUCAUUGCUGGGCUGGCCAUCUUCUUUGGUUUCACUUUCUUUGUGGUGGCCAUGUUUAUUGGCUACCGCUUCCUGGAAGCCAUGAUCUUCUUCAUGGCAAUUGUGGUGGCGUAUGUCCCAGAGGGUCUGCUGGCUACUGUUACUGUCUGUCUGUCUUUGACUGCCAAGCGUCUGGCCAGGAAAAAUUGUGUUGUGAAAAACCUGGAAGCGGUGGAGACCCUGGGUUCUACCUCAGUCAUCUGCUCAGACAAAACUGGAACCCUCACGCAGAACCGCAUGACUGUAGCCCAUCUGUGGUUCGACAACACGAUACAUGCUGCCGACACCACAGAAGACCAGUCAGGACAGAGUUUUGACCAAUCGUCAGAGACCUGGCGUGCUUUGGGAAGGGUGGCAGCGUUGUGUAACAGAGCCAUCUUCAAACCCAAUCAAGAGAAUCUGCCUAUUCCAAGGAGAAUAGUGGUGGGCGAUGCAUCUGAAACGGCCCUGUUGAAGUUUACUGAGCUGACCAUAGGUAACAUCAUAGAAUACAGAGAGCGCUUCAAGAAGACAGUGGAGAUUCCUUUCAAUUCCACAAACAAGUUCCAGCUGUCAGUGCAUGAGCUGGAAGACCCCCUUGACUUGCGCUACCUGCUGGUGAUGAAGGGAGCCCCAGAGAGGAUCCUGGAGCGUUGCUCAACCAUCCUAAUCAAAGGCCAGGAGUUGCCUCUGGACGAGCAAUGGAAAGAGGCCUUCCAAACUGCAUACAUGGACCUGGGGAGCCUAGGGGAGAGAGUGCUGGGUUUCUGUCAUAUCUACCUGAAUGAGAAGGAGUUUCCCAGAGGUUUCCGCUUCGACUCAGAUGAGAUGAAUUUCACCACCUCAGGCCUAUGCUUUGCUGGUCUCAUCUCCAUGAUCGACCCGCCCCGCGCCACAGUGCCAGAUGCCGUCAUGAGGUGUCGCACAGCAGGGAUCCGGGUUGUCAUGGUGACUGGAGACCACCCAAUCACUGCGAAGGCCAUAGCGGCAAACGUGGGGAUCAUCUCAGAGGGAAGUGAGACAGUGGAGGACAUUGCUGCCAGGAAACGUAUCCCUGUGGAGCAGGUCAACAAAAGGGAUGCACGGGCAUGUGUGAUCAGUGGGGGCCAACUGAAAGAAAUGAGCAGUGAUGAUCUGGAUGACACUUUGAGGAAUCAUCCGGAGAUGGUGUUUGCACGAACCUCCCCCCAGCAGAAACUCAUUAUUGUAGAAAGUUGCCAACGCCUGGGUUCCAUUGUGGCAGUGACUGGGGACGGUGUCAAUGACUCUCCAGCUUUAAAGAAGGCAGACAUUGGCAUCGCUAUGGGAAUAGCCGGCUCUGAUGCUGCCAAGAAUGCAGCAGACAUGAUCCUAUUGGAUGAUAACUUUGCCUCCAUUGUCACCGGGGUGGAGCAGGGUCGUCUGAUCUUUGAUAACCUGAAGAAAUCCAUCGCCUACACCCUGACCAAGAACAUCCCUGAGCUCACACCCUACCUCAUCUACAUCACCGUCAGUGUGCCUCUUCCUCUCGGCUGCAUCACCAUCCUUUUCAUCGAACUGGCCACUGACAUUUACCCCUCUGUCUCACUCGCUUAUGAGAAGGCAGAGAGUGACAUCAUGAAUCUGAAGCCCAGGAACCCACGCAGGGAUAGGCUGGUCAACGAAGCGCUGGCUGCAUAUUCCUACUUCCAGAUAGGAGCGAUCCAGUCCUUUGCAGGCUUUACAGAUUACUUUACUGCCAUGGCGCAGGAAGGCUGGUACCCCUUGCUGUGCGUUGGCCUCCGGUCCCAGUGGGAGAACACACACCUGCAGGAUGUGCAGGACAGCUAUGGCCAGGAGUGGACCUUUAGCCAGCGGCUCUACCAGCAGUACACAUGUUACACGGUCUUUUUCGUCAGUAUAGAGAUCUGCCAGAUCUCAGAUGUCCUUAUUAGGAAGACCCGUCGCCUGUCGGUCUUUCAGCAGGGCUUGUUCAGGAACAAGGUUCUAGUAAGUGCUAUCGUAUUCCAGCUGCUUUUGGGUAACCUGCUGUGUUACUGCCCGGGGAUGCCAAACAUUUUUAACUUCAUGCCCAUCAGGGUUCAGUGGUGGUUUGUUCCAGUGCCAUAUGGAAUUCUAAUUUUUGUUUAUGACGAGAUCAGAAAACUGGGAGUGAGACGAUAUCCAGGAAGUUGGUGGGACCAGGAGCUUUACUACUGAGAGACAGACCCAGGUGGCAAGUCUUUUUAUUAGGUCCUACGGUAUCAAACAAUCAAGUCAUGUGUGAAUAAGAGUUGUGUUAAUGUUCAUAGUGGUCCAGUAUUCAAGUGCUUCUUCUACAUUAUAUUCCAUAGGUACCAGCACCAUAUUCAUGAUUAUGAUUUGUGUCCAAGACAGAUUGGCCAAAAACCUUGU